GCCGCCACUCUUGUCGACCCUUAAUAGUUCUUGUCUCCGAUAAUACGCAUUUAUACGUACAUACAUACAAAAGUGGUGGGGGCGCACAUGCGUACAAAAAUCCGAGGUUGAAGCGCCAGACGUUCGUUGUAUGCGCGAUAAAUUCCUACGAAGAGACGCAAAUUGGACUCUCAUUUCGGCAUCGAGUUUCCCCGUGCGGUGUAUAUUUAGUUUUUGCAAAAAUUGCUUUUUAUUUCCCGAACACGAUUUGCUAUUUGAAAUCUGCAAUAAUUACGCGACCAGUCACAUUGCGGCACGAAGUUUUCGAGUUCCGGGCGUGAGAAUUUUCGCGUACUCGUUUCGUGACUGCGCACAAAUCGCGUUGUCCAAUGAGAGCGGCCGAGUCGGCUGAUAAAUCUCGUCAGGGUGGAAAUGGGCAGGGGACAGAAGCUCAUACGCAUUCGUGCUAUCGAGUGCCGUGAGGAGUGUCACUCUCUCGAAGGGGGUCAGUGCGCGCCGUAGCGUUCCGCCUGCGCGCGAAUCAUUUCGCGAUCGGAGUAUCGUUCCGCCGGAAUAUUGAGGAUGUGCAAAUGUCGCGUAAACGGCGUAUAUUCGCUUGAGUAAUGUUUCACGAGUGCAUUUAAUCUAAUCGUGCACGUACGCAUCGUGGAGCCCUAGAGAAAAUGCUGGGAGACGAUCCACCGUCCCUAUCGGUAGGGACGGAAGUUAGUGCUAAAUAUAAGGGUGCCUUUUGCGAAGCAAAGAUUCGUAAAGUGGUGCGAUCGGUAAAGUGUCGCGUAACGUACAAACCACAAGGUUUGGGAACCGCUACGGUCGCCGAUGAUCAGAUAAAAGGGACUUUAAGAGUGGGCGCGUCCGUCGAAGCUAGACAUGCGGAUCGGAAGGAGUUUGUGGAAGCUACGAUUAACAAGAUUCAGGACUGCAGUCAGUAUACUGUAGUGUUUGACGAUGGGGAUAUCACAACGUUAAGGAGAAGCGCGCUUUGUCUGAAGAGCGGACGGCAUUUCGCGGAGAGUGAAACGUUGGACCAACUCCCCUUGACUCAUCCGGAACACUUUGGAAACCCUGUAAUUGGGGGCAGAAGGGGCAGACGAUCAAGGCAAGCACAGGAUGAGAGCAGCGAAGAUGAGGACAGUCCGCCACGGGGCACUCGUGAUUCCGCUUCCAGCGGUGGUACAAAGGAGGGGAUGGAAACUGAACCGGAGAUCGGCAGAGUCGUCUGCGUGGAACUUGGCGAUAAGAAGAAGAAGGAUAAUUGGUUUCCGGGAUUGGUGGUUGCUCCUACCGCUCAAGACACAGUAAGAAUACGAGUGAGGGACGACUACUUGGUACGCUCGUUUAAGGAUGCGAGAUAUUACACAGUACCUAAGAAGGAAGCCACGGAAUUCACAAAAGACUUGGUUAAUAAAGUGGAGAACAGUACUCUGAAGGUUGCGGUAGAGAAGGCACUUUUAUUCUUGGAGAAAAAUGAAUUGCCACCUCACUGGGACAAAGAUUCUCUUUUCGGGCACUCUGUUUCUAGCGGAAAUAGCGAUUCCGAUGGAGAACUUGAUUCUGAUAGUUCGGACGAUGAGCCGCGUGAGGAAAAAGAUCAUUUUGUGGCUCAGUUGUAUAAAUUUAUGGAUGACCGUGGAACACCAAUAAAUGUCUGCCCGAUGAUCGGAUCCGAAGAUAUAGAUUUGUACAGGCUUUUUCGGGCGGUCUAUAAAUUAGGCGGCUACAAUCGUGUCACGAACCAGAAUCAAUGGAAAAUCAUAACACGGCGACUUAAUUUCUCGAUGCAAAAUUCGGGACCUAUGCACAAUCUUGUAAAGCAAGCUUAUAAGAAAUUCUUACACUCCUUUGAGGAUUUUUAUAGAAAGUUAGGCUGCACCAUGGUGAAUCAUCCGCGAGGUAGCACGCGUAAACAACGUCCUGGGAGAAGUUUGAUCCGCGACAAAGACAGAAAUACUCCUAUUCCGCCGCAAGCACCGGCACAAGUAAAAAACGAGAAGGAUGAGGAGGAGAAGAAAGUCGUUGCGGAAGAAGAGAAGAAAGAGAAGAAGGAGAUUAAGAAGGAUCAGGUGAAAGAGGAGGAAAGUGUGAAAGUGAAAAAGAAAGAAGAAAAUGAAGGAAAUGGUAGCGGGCAAGAGAGCGAUGUAAAUAUAGAAGGAGAUGUUGAACCGUUGUCUAAUAACGAGAAACCACAAAAACCAACCACACAAAAUUCCACAUUAGCUGUUGCUUCUAGCGGCACUGCAACCGCGUCGUCCAAUCGAGGAAAGUCAAAGAGUAAAGAAGACACGAAGAAGAAGGCGGUUGAGAAGAAGAAAGUGGAGAUCAAGAAGCAAGAGAAGAAAGACGAUAAACUUAAGGAGGAAGAGGCUACGAAGACGAGAUCCAAAGCGAAAGAUGACACCGUGAGGAACAAGAGUGCUUCCGAAGGAAGGGAAACUCGAACACCGUCCAGAGAAGCGGAAAAGAAAACGGUGUCCAAGCAAAGACGCUUAACGGAUGAGGAACUGAAGAAACGAGGGAGAAAACGCAAGGAGCACGAGACGGAGAAAUCGCGCGCGGACGAACAGCUUACGGAGACCGCUCCGUGCUACAAAGGUCCUGUGGAGUGCGGCGAUAAAUUGAAGGUGUAUUACGGCCCGACACACGAAUCCAAAGUCACUUACGAAGCGAAGGUCAUUGAAAUAGAGAAAGAAGGCCCGGAACCAAUGUAUCUCGUGCACUACACAGGCUGGAAUAACAGAUACGACGAGUGGAUUAAAGCUUCCAGGAUCGCGCAGAAUUUCACGCAGACUCAAGGCAGAGUGAAGCGUGUCAAGGCCACUCCUCGGCCUCAGACUCCCAGCACGAACUCGUCCAACAACGUCAACAAUAAUAAAUCGAAAAGUGCUUCUAAUUCGAGCGCUCAUGCGUCGCAAAGCCGUCGCCGAGCGCAGAGCGUCGCCCCUACUUCCACCAGCGGCGGUCAGUCGACGUCGAUAUCCGCGAAAGACAUUAAGAAGGAAGAAAAGGAGAAAGACAAGGAAACGACGCAACCGACUAGAUCCACCACGCCACUGUCCAUUGCCAGUUCCAGUUCCAGAACCAAGAGUCCUGCCACGCCUGCGAACAAUCGGCAAACCAGGACAACCAGAAACGCAGAAUUGUCGGGUGUGGAACAUCGUAGGCGUACCAGGAGAACGUCAGGGCAUACAGAUAUAUCCGUUGCGUCGGAAACCGAGGACAGCGAGGACUACGAGUCCGAUAUCGCCGAGCAAACCGAAGCCGAUCAAGCGAAGACAAGAUUGAGAGGCACCGAGGAGAGAAAACGGAAGGAGGCGCGAAGCAGAGCGGAAGAGAGAAUUAAAGCGGAGGACGUGAGCGACGGCGACGACGAUAAGGACAAUUUGGAUGAGCCGCGUAAAGGUAGACGUUUGAGAAGGACGCCUGGGAAAUCCCAAGGCAUCAAGUCCGAACCCGAUAGCGACCAAGAGGAACAACCGAAAGGUCGAGACUUCGAUCUCAACCAGAUACGAUCCGAGCUGAAAGGUUUCGACAAAGCGGUGAAGUUGGAGUUGGUUAGUGUGGAGCCUGAGUUCAAGGCUGACACCAAGCCGGACGAUAAGGAAAGCACGGCCGCGAUUGUAGCGUCACCCAAGUUGGAAAAGACCGUGGAACCUCCAAAAGUGGAGACUGUCAUUGAGACGAAGGUCGAAAGUACAGAGGACAUAUAUGAGUUUAAGGAACCGGAACCGUUCGAGUUCGAGGUGAGAAAUAAGAGAGACACUAAUGAAAAAGACAAGUUGAAGAAGAGAAUGUUUGAGGAGGAGCCUAAGAGUCCGAAGAAGAAGCAGAGAGCGGCGCUGGUGUCGGCGCCGAUAGCGAAGGAGACGAAAUCGGAGCCGCCGGAGAACGACGGUCGGAAGAAGCCGCGAAAGUUGUUCAGCAAGCGAUCCGACGACGCGAACGAAGCGACGGCGGUAGCUCCAUUCAGUAAAUCCUUGCAAACCGCGCCGUCUGUUGCGUGCGAGGAGGCUUUCGAUAAAUUGUGCGAAUCCCCGUCGUUCAACAAUCAAUUGAAACCUGUGUCCGUUGCAGAAGAGACUACCAACAAGACAUCAAGCGGCUUGAAUCUCUUGUUCAGCGAUUUACCGUCAGCGGACGACGAAGGUACGCGAGAUGAUUCGGAGGACCGUCUGAUAAUCUCGGAGACCGAGGUAUCGGAGGCGGAGCAGGAGCACGCGUUCACGUCGUACCAGCAGGAGAUUCAGUUUCACAGUGGCGAGCUGACGGGCACGGCGGAGACGACGAACAAGAGUGAAGCGAGCGUCGCGGUUGAAUGCGCGAGAGAAGAGGCAUCGGCGGCCAGUACGAGUAGCGGAAACAAAUCGACCAAUACUCUGGAUCACAAACAGAACCAAGUGAAGUCGGUGCCUGUCGCAGUCGGGCAAUCGCAGUCGGAACUGAGAAUACUGGACACCAAGUUACUCGAUAUCGCUCCGGUGCCGUCGCCAAUCGUGAUCCCACCGGCACCGAUAAGCGCGAGACUGCCGGCAACGUCCACGAUAGAGGAGAAGCUGUCCGCCGCCGCGAUGGCGUUCCGCAACAAGUCUAAAGAUACGAAGAGGACUUUGGACGAGGACGUGUCCGACAAUAUUGUGCGCAAAGUGAUCAAAGAGACGAAGAAAUUUGACGCUGUUCUGCAACAGAGAAGCAAAGACGCGGAUCGCAGUGUUCUCGCAGUCGAAGUGGACGACGUGAAGCGCGAGCACGACGAAAUCGCGAUUAAGGAAGAGGAUCAGCGUAGAGAGAUUAUACGCGUGGCGAUUAAACAUAAAGAAGAAGAGCUGCAGCAAUUGAAGCCGAAAAAGGAGGCGGAAUUGAAGAAGUUUUCGGAGACCAAGACCGUCGCCGAGCAAAAGACCGGCAAGUUGCACGAGGUCGUGAAAGACGAAAGCUGUCGCGAGAGCUGUAGGAAGAGCGCAGAGAGCGAAAGUGGUAAAAAAUCUGAAGAGGAGUAUAAAGCGAUCGAUCAGAGCGAGAAAGAUAGAAUUGAAAAUCGUAAGAAACAAGUCAAUCAGGACAUCAUCGACUCCACGGACAGCAGCGAUUCAGAGCAGAGGCUUGUGAUAGACAACGAGGAACCGCAGGACGUUAAACCGCCGACGUCCAAUUUCGACGCAAAGUUAAGAGCGGAAUUGGAUCGCCUGCAGGACACGCAGGAGAGAUAUGCAAGGACACAAGUGUCGAAAACUUUGCAGAGUGUUCAGCAGCAGCAGCAGCAAGAAUGCACGGAGUUUAAGGCUGACGUAACACCAGUUUCGAAAACAGACGAAGAGGGUGAAACGAUGAAUUCGCUAUUGUGCGAAGAGGAGAUUCCUGGCUCUCCGGCACCACCGCCUGAGAGUAUCGAGCAAGCCAAUAUCGGCCCUUCGCACAGCCCGCCGAAGAAUGAGGCCUCGGAGAGCAGUAUAGUGCUGAUGGAGAUGCCGUUCGCAAGUGCGACCACUUCCGGUCAAAGUACGACGAGCAGCAGUACCGUCGCUAGUACCCUCAGCAUGGCGUUGCCGAAGACCGUCGAGACGUCGAUACCGGUUUCUUUGCCGGUGCAACAGAACGCACCCUUGAACAUGCGCCCGCAGCAGCAGCAACAGCAACAGCAACAGCAUCAGCACGUCGUUGCAGCGGCAUUAGAGCAGCCGGCGCAACGACGAGAGAGCAACGAGGCUGCACCGGUAAUGGACAACACACCGCCGACCACGCCCGAUUCGAGCAUUUCCAACAUUUCGGGCUCGCCUAGAGAAGAAAGGACCGGUGGCUCGUCGCCUACUUCCGAGGACAACGUCAAGCUCAACCGCGACAGCUCGGAGGCGGACAACGACAGCGCCGGCAAGGGCCCGGGCUUCAGCGAAGACGACACUCUGCCCAACUCGGAGAGCAAUCUGGCGGACAGGAUUCUCAAGCCGCCCGCUAAACGCUCGAUCGACGACAUGCAGUCGCCUAAGAAGCGCAAGAGAAACAGAAAGCACUCGGAGUGCGGUAGCGGUAGUGGUGCCAUACCGAAGAAGGCUGGUAGGCAGCAAAACGGUAGGCACGGUAGAUACGGCGUCGGAAGCGACAGCGACGACACCAGCGAGGGCUCGAAUCUUUGCAAUAUAAACGCCGCGCCGACGACUCAAGCGAACGUCAUCACCAGCGUCGCUGAUCUCAAUGCCUACUCGUCGAGAUCGCCGAGGCCGACCAAGUAUAAUUUUUACGUCGAAUUAGAUCCCGAACUGGACGGUAGUCAGAGGAUAGCAGUACUGCAGCAGAAAUUGAGCGACUUGCGAAAGACUUACAAUGCCGUGAAGGUUGAGCUCGCUGCUAUAGAAAGACGUCGGAAAAAGUUACGAAGGCGAGAACGAGAUGCAAUGAAAGCAGCUAAAGCAGAAAUGCAGCAAGCUUGUUCGUGAUAGACAGUGCUGAAGAAUCAUUAUUCCUUCUUCGAGUACUAAAUGGGACUUUUUCGUAUUCGGUAUACACUGGCGAUCAAGAAUGCUUUGAUAAAUGAAAUUACAUCCAUUUCAGGCAAUUUGGAGCGUACGCAUCGUCAGGUAUUUGUGCAUCAGAACUCUCGCGUCUGACAAUUUAGCAUCUUCACGUUUGACAUUUUUAGUCGCCAGUGUACAAAAAUAUUAAAAUAGCAUCGUUAACACGGGCAUCAUGCAAUCACGGCAAACUUCAUGACAAUUUUUACCUAUAAAAUAUUGUUUAGGUGACAUCUAUGCUUUGCACUCUUUCUUUAUAUUAAUAAAUUGUAGAUAUAGCCAUAAGUAUGUAAGAGAUAUACUUUAAUCAAGCUAAUACAUUUAUAUAUAUAUAUAAAUUGUUUCGUCAAGAUCAAUAAUCUAAUUGUUAAAAAUUUGUAUACCCGAUUUGUUACUUUACCCGCUUAAAUGUAAAGUACAAAUUAUCGAAUUAAUCAUUUUUCAUCAUUUGUUUUUCUCUUUUUCUUCAUUACAAAAAAGGCUGGUAAAGUGUUAUUAGGAGAAUCCGUUAUUGUAAAGACAUGUUGGGAACAAAUAAUUAUCUAAGCUGGUUAUUUUAUUUUUGUGUCUCGAAUACAAGGUAUACCAGCUGCGGUUGAGCUGUUUUCACAAGCGUUAAAAAGACAAAAGGCGUAAGAAGAAUACCAGUAAUCACAUAACGGCAUCGUACGAAUAUUGCGCCUUUAUAAUGUAGAAAAAGUGUAAAUAUUAGGCAUUAGUGGAGCGAUGAAGUAUUGGCAUACUGCACCAUUGCGCGUGUGUAUGUACAUUAUAGAGAAAAAAAAUAUUCUCUAUUAAAUAUAUAUAUAUAUAUAUUUUUCAUAGAGAAUAUUCUAUCUAUACACGUGCGCGCUUGUGUGUGAGUGUAUGUGUGUGUGUGGUGUCACAAUUUCUUGCAAUUUUGGAGAUUGCAAGCUUAAUAUUAUAUAUGGCAAUGUUUAUUUGUACGAUGGAAUGUAAGCGAAGAAGCGUUUGUACAUUAAUACGCAUGUGACAUAGAGAGCGCGAUUGCUAAAUAAAGAACCAAAAAAUUAAAUUGCUACUUUUAAUUUAUGUAUAUAGUCUCGCGCAUAUAAGAUGCUAUUAUUUAAAAACGGGGGCGCGCGCGCGCGCGCGCGUGCAUGUGUGUAUUCACAUAUCUGCCACGUGUAAAUGGAUAUGUCGCUCUCGAUAAGAAUGUAAGACGGUAUUGUUCUUUAUUCUUUUUGUGUUCCGUUUCUCACGUCUGUGCGACAAUUCAUCGUGAAUUCAGCUCAACAAUACCAUCAGUUUAUUGAUUGCUAAGUUAUAUUUUGCUGCUAUCGUGCGCGCUUUAUUUCUUCAUUUAAUAGUUAUUAUAAUAUAUACUCAUCAGUAUCGUAUGUCACUUGUCAGAGAUGCAUUUAUAUUUGUAUUUCGAUAUGUCGAAGAAUGCUCCAAGUCUUAAAAAAUUAGGAAAAUGUAAAAUGGAUGGAAGCUUAAUUUUAAGGAACACAUUGCAAAAAUGUGAAUCAAAUGUCGCUAUAUGAAAAUAAAUUUAUAACAAAAUACAAA